UCAGCCAUGGACCCAGGACCCAGCAACCUGAAUUCCUGGAACCAAGGGAUCGAAGGGCAACCCAACAUGCGUACUGAAGGACACCAUGACUCUAACACCAACGAGGUUGCAGAACCCAUCGCAACAAACGCUGCCCAACAUAGCAUCGUGGGCUGCAGAAUUUCCCACCAGUGGAAAGAAGACUGGCGAGUCACCUACUGGAAGGGAGUCGUUGUAGAUCAGAUAGCUAUAAACCCCUCCCUAUAUCUGGUCAAAUAUGAUAAUGUCGAUUGCGUGUAUGGAUUGGAACUUUAUAAAGAUGAGAGGAUAUUGUCCCUUGAAGUUCACCCAGAAAAUGUAGACACAUCCCAAGUCUCCGAUCCCAUCCUUGCUGAUACCAUCAUUGGCAAAUCAGUGGAUCACAGGUUUGAGGGAGAACAAGGGAAUUCUAAAUUAUGGAGAGGGCUGGUUCUAGAUCAGGUGUCAGUCAUGAAAUCCUGGUUUUAUAUUACUUAUGAAAAAGACCCAAUCUUAUACAUGUACCAACUUGGCGAUGAUUUUAAAGAAGGUGACCUCCGCAUUGUGCCACAUGUAGAAGUACCUCCACUUAACUUAGAUCUUGAAAUUAGAGGCAAAUAUGUGGUGUAUGGCCAGAAAGAUGGAACCACCAAAAUUGGCAUGAUAAUCCACAAAGUUGAUUCAAGACCCUCUGUAUAUUUUAUAAAAUUUGAAAAUGAUUUCCAUAUCUAUGUUUAUGAUUUGGUGGAGAAAAUCUGAUUGAUUGGCAAAGCAAUGACUCCACUGUGAAAUAAAGUUGUACUUCCUAGAUA